GGGUGCACUAUGUGUUUGACAUGACGAUAGCUGCAGAUUUCAGCAUCCUGGAAAGUCAGAAGGAGUUUGUGCGGCGGUAUCACCAGCACAGUGAGGAGCAGCGAGCCCUGCCCAUGCUGACCUCUGCCUGUCCUGGUUGGGUCCGAUAUGCUGAGCGGGUGUUGGGCCGCCCCGUCACACCCCACCUGUGCACCGCCAGGUCUCCCCAGCAGGUGAUGGGCUCCCUGGUGAAGGAUUACUUCGCUAGACAGCAGAAUGUGCCUCCAGAGAAGAUUUUCCACAUCGUUGUGGCCCCUUGCCAUGACAAAAAGCUGGAGGCUCUUCGUGAGGGGUUCUUCACUGCUUUGCAUGGUGCCCGGGGUACCGAUUGUGUGCUAACAUCAGGUGAAGUUGCUCAGAUGAUGGAGCAAAGUGACCUCUCAGUGAAAGAUGCCGCUGUGGACACUCUGUUUGGAGAUGUAAAGGAGGCAGUGGUGCGGCGCCACGAUGGAGUGGGCUCAGACGGGCAUCUGGCCCAUGUCUUCAGACAUGCUGCCAAGGAGCUGUUCGGUGAACAUGUGGAGGAAAUCACCUACCGUGCACUGAGAAACAAAGACUUCCACGAGGUCACCCUUGAGAAGAAUGGGGAGGUCUUACUGCGCUUUGCUGCUGCCUAUGGCUUUCGGAACAUCCAGAACAUGGUCCUGAAGCUCAAGAAGGGCAAGUGCCCAUACCACUUUGUGGAAGUCCUUGCAUGUCCCAGAGGAUGCUUAAAUGGCAGAGGCCAAGCACAGACGGAGGAUGGGCAUGCUGACAAGGCCCUGUUGCGGCAGAUGGAAGGCAUCUACUCUGACAUUCCCGUGCAGCGUCCAGAGAGCAGUGCACACGUGCAGGAGCUAUACCAGGAGUGGCUGGAAGGCACUGACUCCCCCAAAGUCCAGCAAGUGCUACACACCACAUACCAGACCCCAGAGCCUUGCACAGACAGCCUGGACAUGAAGUGGUGACAGCCAGGGAGGACAGGAGGGCCCCUCUGAGUGUGUGGUGUUGGCACUUGAAGAGACAACUGAACAGGUCACUUUGGUGUUCAGAGUUCUCUGCCUCUCCUGGGACACACAGUUUCACAUGGUGCUAUCUUCAAAGUGUGCAUGGGAGUGAAAUGUUUUCACGUGGGAGAGGCGCUUCCCUGGUCUAAGUACCUUUGAAUUCUAAGAUUAUGAGUAAAAUCCCAAAGAGUGAGGAUGGAGACAGACCACUGUCUUUUAGGUUUAACCUCCCCCCCCACACACACACACAAAAAGUAUCCUGGAAGAGUGAAGGCCCCCGGGUGAAGAUCCAUACACCUCAGAUGAUCGCUAUAAAAUGGAGGGUGCCAGCUGGGCCAGGCUGCCGUGGCCACCUGCUGGCCUCUGGGUUUGUCAGGCAGGUAGUACACAGGCUCAACUUCCUUGCCCAGUUGACUCUUAUCUUCAGUUAUGUACAUUUCUGAAAAUAACUAAAUUCUGGUUGACAGUAGGUCAUGUUUUUUACAGUCACCAGUGUGCAGCAUCCACCACCCUCCUGGGAUCUCACACAAACACUGUAGGGUCACGUGGGCACUGGUGACUUGAGUUAGGCCCCAUCUCGACCUUGUGGACUGUCUUUGAGUUGAACUCAAAAGAUUGACCGUGAGGGUGGCAGACCUCACAAGAAGAGCACAGCAUAGCAUGUGGGGGCCCUGGGUUCAGUCCCCAGCAUGCAAAAAAAUGAAGCAAGCGGAGUAGAGAUCAUGAGGGCUACCUGCUGGGCCAUGAGGUCAUGGGACAGAUCCCAGCUUAUAGGACCCUCACAGGAUGGUAAGAGGGAGCCAAGGCCCCACUGACCCUGGAACGGGUGAGGCGGCCUCCUCAUGUCCUGCCUCCCACAACUUAACAGGACUUUCUUCCAACACAAGUGGGCCUGGUUCAUCCCUUCAGCUCCACAAAGCCCUCAGUGUGCUCAGUGACAACAUCCAUCCAGCAUCACUGCACUGUUAGUGUGAGCUUGCCUUAAAGACAGGAGAAGCAGUGUGUCCACAAGCAGAGGGCUGCCCAGUCAUAGAGUCCAUAGAACCCUGAGACACACUGGGGUUCACUUGGGAGGAGAUACCUGAGCAGGCCCAGGGUGGUUUCAUAAAGCACUUACAGUUUGAUGACCUUGACCCUUCAGUGUUGUGAGUUUCAGCACAGUGGAUCACCCUUAUCUUCUGUUGUGUUGUACCUGUGAACCUGUACAUAACUGCACAUAUUGUGUUAAACUUUAUUUUUUUGCUUUCACUCUGUAUAUGGUUGGUGUCUGUCCCCGAUUAUGGAAUAAACAGUGGAAGAGGGUUUUGAGUGUGGAGUUGAGGGAACAUCAUACAGUGUAACCUCCCUCACCUUGCCUGAGCUUAGGUAACCUGCCCCAAGUCCCUCCCUGGUGCAGGGUGGGGAGCAGUCCUGUCUGCCUUUGAGAAAAUGCUCAGCAGGCCUAAAGCUGGGAGUUGGGUGUGGAGGAACCACCUUCCUGGUAGCAUCAUCACACAGGCUACAGCAGCCACUGGGAUACAAGGCCUUCCCUAUAGCUAACUUGGGUUGUGGCCCUGUGCAUUCUGCUUCUGCCUAAGUGCGUGCAGUGCCCGUCUUUUCGUUCCUUAAAACCCACACGAUGCCAGCAGCAGGUAAGAAGGGAAGCCAACGGUUGCCAUCUGGGGUGAGUUGCCUGGACACUGCUGGUGGAUGUGGCCAGUCCAGGUAUGAGGGUGACAAGAUGAGCCCAUAAUCACAUCCACCCUGUGCCCACUGCCGCACAGAGCACAGCUGCCUGAGUUCUGUUGCUGCUGUGUAUACAGGGCCUGCGUUUCUGAGGAGAGUUCAUGUGUGCGUGCCAGCCAUCUCAGAGAACCUCUGCUUCUCAGUGCCUGUGGUCUGGCUGGCAGAACCCAAUUUCUCAGUUGGUCCUCCCUGGCCCAAGUGCUUGGCUGGUUAACGCCAGUGCACACAUCUCCCCAUUCCACUCCUUAGCAUUGCUGCAGCUUUGGGUGGAACUCACUCACUGUUGCCUGUUCCACCAUUUGGUGCAUCCUCAGUGUGGAACCAGGGCAGGCCCUUGGUGGUGGCUGACUUUGAAGGUGUCUCUGGCCUCCCUGCUGGCCUGAGGCUCCUAAGCUCAUGGCCUACAGUGGACAUAUGACCCUCAACUUCCAAGUCUAGGGCAGAUGUGUCAGUUGAGGGAACUGGGACCCAUGGCCCAAAAUUAUACUAAAGUAUAUGUGA